GCAGGAGGAGGAGGAAGGGGAGGAGGACGGGGGCAGCAGUAGCCACGAUCGCCACCACCAGGCAGAGGAAGAGUUCGUAGGGAGGGAUAGAUCUCCUCCCACUUGGAGCGCCGUCUGCCUGCUUUUGGAAAAAAAAGAAUAAAAGAUAAAGAAAAAGAGAGAAAAGGAACGAGAAGGGGAAAGUGAGAGAGCAAGAGAGUGAAGAAAAAAAAAAUUAAGGCGAGAUCAGAGAGGGCUGGGGCGCGGAGGGGCCCGCAGGACGCGGGGGCGGACCAGCCGAGCCCCAGUGCGGUCGCCCGGGCAGGUGCCACGGCUGCUGCCCGGAGGCGGCAUGUGACGCGCGGCCGCAGCUGCCCGCGGGCGGAGCGCGCUCGGACCGGGAGCGCAACCGCGGGCCAAGUCGGCUGCAGCCGGGAGCCCCGCGCUCUUCACCCGCCCGGAGGAGCCGCGGCUGCGCUUGCACCCAAAAGCCGGGCAAUGCAGAGAAGGGCGGCUCCGGUGCACGAGCGAGCCUGAGGACAGUCGCUGUCUCGGAACGCCGAGCUGAGAGACGCUGAGGUUCCGUGGUGCGGACCGGACGGUCCGGGAGAUUCGGGGUGGCGCGGAGGACCCGCGUGGGACAGCCACCUGGAACGCGGCUGCCAGAUAUGACUGGUGAUGGCAUUUACUUCAGUUCUGAGUUGCUCAGUGGACUGUGGAUUGAGUGAACCAUAUCCUUUUCCAUCAUGAUACACAACAGAAAGUCUCUCCACUUUGCUGCAUUCUGACUAGUGGCCAAGCACGUGACAUUCCAAACUUCAGCAAAGGUACAGUAAGGCUUUUUAUGAUGGUCGCAAGGACACUUCUUCUGGCUUUGUUCAUUUUAAGGAAUCAUUGUUUGGGACUAUGUCAGAGAGUCACAAUGACCUUGCACAGUAACAGUACAACCUCGCCUUUGUUUCCCAACAUCAGCUCUUCCUGGGUGCACAGUUCCUCAGAGGCAGGGCUGCCCUUGGGGACAGUCACUCACUUGGGCAGCUACAACAUUUCACAAGCAGCUGGGAAUUUCUCCUCAAACGACACCUCCAGCGACCCUCUGGGGGGUCACACCGUCUGGCAAGUGGUCUUCAUUGCAUUCUUAACAGGCUUCCUGGCAUUGGUGACCAUCAUUGGCAACAUCCUUGUCAUUGUGGCAUUUAAGGUCAACAAACAGCUGAAGACAGUUAACAACUACUUCCUCUUAAGCCUGGCCUGUGCAGAUCUGAUCAUUGGGGUCAUUUCCAUGAACCUGUUCACCACCUACAUCAUUAUGAACCGCUGGGCACUGGGAAACUUAGCCUGUGACCUCUGGCUUUCCAUUGACUAUGUGGCUAGCAAUGCUUCUGUCAUGAAUCUGCUGGUCAUCAGCUUUGACAGGUACUUUUCCAUCACAAGGCCACUCACCUACCGAGCCAAACGAACAACAAAACGAGCUGGUGUGAUGAUUGGUCUGGCUUGGGUCAUCUCCUUUGUCCUGUGGGCUCCUGCCAUCUUGUUCUGGCAAUACUUUGUAGGGAAGAGAACUGUGCCACCAGGGGAAUGCUUCAUUCAGUUCCUGAGUGAGCCCACCAUCACCUUCGGCACGGCGAUUGCUGCCUUCUAUAUGCCCGUCACCAUCAUGACUAUUUUAUAUUGGAGGAUCUAUAAGGAAACUGAAAAACGUACCAAAGAGCUGGCUGGGCUACAGGCCUCUGGGACAGAAGCCGAGGCAGAAAACUUUGUCCACCCCACAGGCAGUUCUCGAAGCUGCAGCAGCUAUGAACUACAACAGCAAAGCAUGAAACGCUCAUCCAGGAGGAAGUACGGUCGCUGUCACUUCUGGUUCACCACCAAGAGCUGGAAGCCCAGUGUCGAGCAGAUGGACCAAGACCACAGUAGUAGCGACAGCUGGAAUAACAACGAUGCUGCUGCCUCCCUGGAAAACUCUGCCUCCUCCGAUGAAGAGGACAUUGGCUCCGAGACCAGAGCCAUCUACUCUAUUGUGCUCAAGCUUCCAGGUCAUAGCACCAUCCUCAAUGCCACCAAGCUGCCCUCCUCCGACAACCUGCAGGUGCCAGAUGAGGAGCUUGGCACUGUCGAUGUGGAGAGAAAUGCCAAUAAGCUUCAGGCCCAGAAGAGCAUAGAUGAUGGCGACAGUUGUCAGAAGGACUUCUCCAAGCUUCCCAUCCAGCUAGAGUCUGCCGUGGACAUGCCCAAGACCCCUGACACCAACUCCUCGGCAGACAAGACCACGGCCACUCUACCUCUGUCCUUCAAGGAAGCCACACUGGCUAAGAGGUUUGCUCUGAAGACCAGAAGUCAGAUCACCAAGCGGAAAAGGAUGUCACUCAUCAAGGAGAAAAAGGCAGCCCAGACCCUCAGUGCCAUCUUGCUAGCCUUCAUCAUCACAUGGACCCCCUACAACAUCAUGGUCCUGGUGAAUACCUUCUGUGACAGCUGCAUCCCCAAAACCUAUUGGAAUCUGGGCUACUGGCUGUGCUAUAUCAACAGCACCGUGAACCCCGUGUGCUAUGCCUUGUGCAACAAAACGUUCCGAACCACCUUCAAGAUGCUCCUCUUGUGCCAGUGUGACAAAAGAAAGAGACGCAAACAGCAGUACCAGCAAAGACAGUCAGUCAUUUUUCACAAGCGAGUGCCCGAGCAGGCCUUGUAGAAAAAGGGUUUGUCCGUAGCAGUGACCACACACGCACAGCAGCCCACAAAGCCUAGCAGGAGUCUGGCGCAGGUGGGAGGCCAUUCCUGAUGGUGAUAAAAGGGGGUUUUAUCAACCACGCAGGAGAGAAGCUGCCUGUUUACUGAUCCAUUGAAUAAACUGAUGUUGGUCAAAUGCCAAUUCAGCAGGAAAGAAAGAAAAACAUACUGCUGAAUAUAAAGAAAUAUAUUCCGAAAUAGACUUUUAAGUGUUUUUUUUUUCUUAAAGAGAAAAAAAAAUAUAUUGUCUUGAAGCAAGUAUCCUCUGAAAUUGGUUUGCCUAGGUCUUUUAAUUCCCAUUAGCUCUGAAAUCACAGGUGAGCCUCGCUGCACUAGUUGUCAUGUGCUCUUCCCAAGGGUCCCAAAGUGUCCAUCCAGACCCCACGUGAAGCACGGCAGGCUUGGAAAUCCGUGGUUCUGAGUCAUUUUGUACAUUGCAAAGCUGACACCUCUUGUCCCAAUCAGCUUCCAUCCCCUUCUGGUGUGUUGUUAAACUCUAUUUGUGGAUUUGAUUCUUGGUUCUUGCAAAGUACUGUUUUGUGCAGUUCAAGAUUCAUACAAAUAAAAUCGCAUAUGAGUACAUGCAUACCUAUCUAUGUGUGAGUUGAGCACGCACACACAUAGUGUAUAUAACAUGAUGGGGAACACUGAACUGGCAGAUUGUUCCUACCAUCUAUGCUGUCAGUACUUUGGGAACUGAAAUUCUCUAGGAUCCUAAUAUGACAUGAAAGUGAAUUAAGCCCUGUUCAAUGUUGGGUUUGGGCUUGGGUUUUUUGACACUGGAGCUGUUUUCCACAAAUCACCCUGAUGAAGAAUAAUAUCCAGCACAGAGAAGUCAGGCCUUCUCCGCAAACCUGUGCUAGACGGGACAGUCUCGAGGGUCAGUCAGCACCACGUCUUGACUGGACUCUGAGUGCACACUGUCUCCUUGGCUGUUAGCUCUGUCAACGGAGCUCAUCUAGGGCCCCUCUGAGCUCAAAAGAAUGAACUUAUAUACAUGUUUGAAUUUAGUCGUCCAAAUCUGAAUGUUUCAAAACAAAAUUUCUGGGAUCUAAACUGCUUGAAACUCAAUCCUAGAGUCACCUUUGAAUGUCACAUACAGCAAUAUAUCUACAUUUACAUGGAAAAGCAAAGGAAAUACUGUGCCAGGGCCUGACAGAAAGUAUUGUAUUUCACUUCCUGCUCCUUGGCACCUUCUGAAGGAAAGUAGGGCUUACCUCCUGUUAUGUAGCAGGAGCCAGGACCUUCUGGUCGUCACUAUAUAACUUCACCCAGGAGUGGUUGGUGUCUAGGAAGCCACAUGUCCUCUGAAGAAAGGAUUGCACUUGAAAAAGUAUUGCUUCAAAAUUGAUUUCUUUCCAUUGUGACAACCGAAUUUUGCAUUAUCCUUUGAAUUGCCCCAAGUGCAUCGUGUUUUCUCCGGGGGAGGGGUCUGCUGCUCUUGUUCUUGUGGCUGCUGUAUUGUUGGGUUCCUUCCUUCUUUUCCUUCUUCGGGGACUGUGUGGGGAGCGGGUGGGGGGAUGGGAGGGCCGUGGCGAACCCUUCCCUUGUGCAGGGCAUCCAUCCGUGUUGUGAACCCAGAGCUGGGGCCAAAGCUGCUUUUGUAUUCAGUGUGAGGUGGUGUUUACAGCCGACUUUGACAUCAGUGGAUGUGUUCUCAGUGGUGUGUCUGUACCUGAACUAUUUAAUGUUGUGUCAUGUUUAUAUAAAGAAUAUUUAUGCAUACUUCA